AUGUGUGGGUCACGGUUAAACAGCUCAAAGCGUCGCCAUGUAGACUAUCCGACUGUGCAGGAGGGACCCUGCAAGCGUCACAAUGCAAUCUUUUCUCACGGCUGUGUGCCGUCGAUUCCUUGUCACACUGCCUUCGGUGUAAUCUCUUGCCACUGUUCUUGCCCGAGGUUUAAUCAGCGGUUUCCUUCCCGUCUGGUGUGUCGAAGGAGAUUGCAUCUCGCUUCCUUCGCCCAUUCCGGCAUACGAAUUGCAGUUGAAUGUGCUUGAUUCCGUGGACAAAGAGACUCCCCAGUUUCCAAUUCUUGUUAUGCAUGCACCUCAAACAUUUUCGUCAGUGUGUUGGUCUGGGCUUGAGAAGUGUCAAAACAGCUACGCGGAAUCUCUGCAAUCUCAUGCUAAUAAAUUUGUACUUCGACAAUCCCUUCCUCUGCUGGAAAACGGAAACGAAAGAGGAAGAACAAGCAGCUUGUGAGGAAGGCAGACAGCCCAACCAUCGAAAGUAAUCAUGCACGAGCCAGGGCAAGACCUAAAACUUGAGAUGCUCCUAGAGGACGACCCUCCAGUUCCUGAGCCUCCCCCGCAUGUUAAGUACAUGAGCGGUUCAAGCAGAGGGAAAGAUGCCUCAGACAAGGAAGAGAUGCAGGUUGAUGAGGGGAGAGUGAGUGAUGGCUCUGUGGAUAUCCGCGGUCACCCUUGCGUGAAGUCAAAAUCUGGAAACUGGAAGGCCUGUAGCUUAAUCUUCGGGUGUGAGGUGUGCGAGAGGGUGGCAUUCUACGCCAUCUCCUCGAAUCUGGUCAUAUAUCUCACGACGGUGCUUCAUGAAGAUGUAUCUACGUCCGCGAAGAAUGUGAACAAUUGGGGGGGCACGACAUUCAUGACGCCUUUGCUGGGCGCAUUCGUGGGCGAUGCAUUUCUCGGUCGGUACUGGACAAUCACAGUCUCCUCUGUGUGCUACAUUGUGUCAUUGGUGUGUGUCACAAUGUCGGUGUCACUCCCAGCCCUUAAACCUCCCGUGUGCAACGUUGCCAUGCUCUCCUCGGUCACCGGUUGCCAGAAAGCCUCAACCAGCCAGAUAUGCUUCUUCUACUUCUCUCUGUACCUAAUGGCUUUGGGCGCCGGGGGUAUAAAAUCCUGCGUCACCGCAUUUGCGGGUGACCAGUUCGAUAACAACGAUCCGAAAGAGGCGAGGCGCAGGAUGUCCUUUCCGAAUUGGUGGUUUGUGAGCAUCAGCUUUGGCACGAUGCUCUCGGUUAGUAUUCUUGUUUACGUGCAAGACAAUGUGGGCUGGGCAUGGGGCUAUGGUGUUCCCACGGCCAUCACAGGGCUAGCCACUCUCGCAUUCCUUAUGGGCACUCCCCUGUACAGACACCAAAUCCCCUCCGGCAGCCCUCUGACCCGAGUGGCCCAAGUGUUGUGUGCAGCGGUGAGGAAAUGGAACAUCCCCGUUCCAACCAACCCUGAAUUCUUGUAUGAAGUUGAUGAUGCCUCUUCUUUUCGGAGGAGACUUCCCCAUACUUCAAGCUUGCAUUUUCUGGACAAAGCAGCUGUGAAACCAAGCGAUGAGGGCAGCAUGCACAAGGUGGACGGUAGGCAAAGCCCCUGGGAGGUGUGCACAGUCACUCAAGUGGAGGAGGUGAAGCUACUAGUCCGAAUGCUUCCCAUCUGGUGGACAAAUCUCAUGUUCUCCGCCGUAUUUGCCCAAGUCGGUACACUCUUUCUAAACCAAGGAAGCACCAUGGACCGUCACAUGGGGCCCAAUUUUGAGAUUCCUGCAGCUUCUAUGCCGCUCUUCAUCACGGCCACUAUUUGCAUUUUUCUUCCCCUUUAUGACAAGUAUUUCGUUCCCUUUGUUCGCGGCUUCACGGGCGAUAUUCGGGGACUGACUUUACUGCAGCGCAUCGGAGUGGGACAAAUCCUUUCAAGCCUGUCUAUUGCAGUAGCUGCAGCCGUGGAAAUGCGGCGUCUCAAAGUGGUAGCUGACUCCGGAAGCAUGGAUUUUGGCCAAGUGCCUAUAUCCAUCUUCUGGCUGCUUCCACAGUAUGUACUCACAGGCAUCUGUGAAGUGUUCAUCAGUGUUGGUCAGAUGGAGUUCUUUCUGGACCAAGCUCCUGAUUCGAUGAGAAGCCUUGGCAAUGCGUUGUAUCUCAGCACUGUUGCGGUGGGAAGUUUUGUAAGUAGUGUCUUGGUGUCAAUUGUCACUCGUAUCACGUAUGAUUCAAAUGGUGGUUGGAUCGGUAACAACCUCAAUCGGAGCCACAUGGAUUAUUUUUAUUGGCUUCUGGCUAUUCUCAGCUUUGCCAAUACCUUGGCUUUUGUGUGGUGCGCUCGGUUGUAUACUUACAAAUCUAUGCAUGUCAGGCCACGAAUGGUUGAGCGAAGUCAUUCGUAGAGUUAGCAGUGGGGGUGGGAUCCUGUCCACAAAAGAAAUUUUGUAGUAGAGCUCAAAUCCAUCAUCACCUGCAUAUGCAAAUGAUUUUGCAACAUUGAAUUUUUUUAGAGAGGUUUCUUUACAAUUUGUUUAAUACACAAAUAAAAACAUUUUCUGUAAGAUUUUUUUUUUCUUUUCUUAGGUUGUUGUUUCCCCAUAGGCCAUUUCCUAGAUAGCAGGUAGCAAAUGAAACUCUCUAUUCUGAACAUUUCUUUCCUACAGAUUUAGUUUUUGUAAAAUUUAUUAAUUUAAAGUUGUUAAAUCUACAUAUAAUAAAUUAAAUGAUCAAAUAAAUUUAUCUCA